AUGAAUGAACCACAGGCAGUCCGAGUGAGGUUUUUGCAGGACUCUGCACGCAUGUUAUGCCUCUCUGCUCCAUCCACCUCCCGACAGCUAUUGCACGAAAGCGUAGAACUUGUGCAUGGAGGGUCAUCGCACGGAGACCGCCGGCCAGGAGACACAUGCACGACAUGUGGCAGCCUGUUGUUACCGGGAUGGACAGCGUCUACAAAGAUCACCGAUACGAAGACCAAGACCAGCAAGAAGGGCCAUCCACAGAAGCGAAAGCCCCGGCGGAAGGUACAGUCUCAGCGAUGCUCCUUAUGCUAUCGCGUCACCAGGGCCGUGAUCACCAUGGGCUCGAGUCACAGAGCAAAGAAAGAGCAGCUCAAUAGUACUGUCUCCGGUGAGCGCCCUGAGGAAAUUACAGAAUCAGCAGGUAGCGCCCUUGGAAAGGCGACGAAGUCCAGCAGCAAGAAAAGGGCAAAGGCACGAAAAGACCGGGAAGGAUUGCAGGCCCUUCUAAACAGGAGCAUGCAGACCCAAGGUGUGCCCAACCUCAGCUUGAUGGACUUGAUGAAGAAAUGA